ACAUUUCGCUAGCAAGUGUGUGUUUCGAUCUGAGCACUAGGCUUAAAUCUGAAAUCAUUUUCCUCGACUUUGAUGUGCUAUUUCAUUUAAGUGUUAGGAAUUCCAAAAAGAGCAAUGUGCGCGAUAUGGAUGUCGAGAACCUCUCAAAUCUAAACCCCAAUCAACUUUUAGCAGAAAUCACACCGUUGCUGGAAGCCACCUCAGACCCAAGCGAGUCUAAUGCCCUGGUGCUCAACCAUGAGCUGCAACGACGACUGCACCAAGUGCGGGCUAAGGUUUUGGCACUGUUGAAUUCUGUGCGGGCUCGAUAUGCACUGAACGAGGAGAUUCUAAUACGCCGCCUAAAGCCUCGAACUCACUCUCUUAGCAGGCCUACUAAGGGAAGUACUGAAACCUAUGGAAUAUGUGGAGCAAUCCGCCGUGGAGCCACCUUCCACUUCAAGGGAAAUUUGUAUUUCCGCGAUAUUGAUGGCCGCAGCUGUCCGAAUAAUGGGGACUACGAUGUGCGUAGUUACACGGAGAUGUUUCCUGCGGACUUUGAUAUGCGCUCCAAACAUGUGUGGACAGUUCUGGACAAGAAGAACCUGAUAAUGGGCAUCAAGCAACAGCUGCUGGACCAUGAGGCCUGUGAAAAGCCCACCAACAAAAACGCUCUGAAGCGAAGGCCCAUUGAGCGGCAUGUUCGCUCGCUGGCCAGUCUGCUGGUCAACGCCGACAGCAGCUUUAGCAUCGACUGGAACCAGAUCAGUACUCUGGACCUGGAGUUCCGUCAUUCCAACUACAGCUGUGAGGCAAUGUGGCGGGUUUAUCUACAUCCGAAGCUGAGCCGUGAGGACUGGAGUGCUUCGGAGGACGCAGCUCUGGUGGCGGCGGCCAAAGCGAAUCUCAUGCAGAACUGGGGGAAGGUAGCUUCCGCGUUGGGUCGCCGAUCGGACUACCAGUGUUUCGUGCGUGUUCAGAUAGCGUUCCGUCAGCACCUAGAGCCAUCCUCUAGUGUACGAUGGACCGAGAAGGACAGCGAGACACUAAAGCGUCUCGUCGAAAAGAAUACUGUUAAUGGCCAGGUCAAUUGGCAGCUGGUGUCGGAACACUUCCCUGGCAGGUCCAAGUCCACUCUAAUCGGACGCUAUACGUACGCCCUGCAUCCAAGCAUCAGCCAUGCACCCUUCAGCACCACCGAGGACAUUAUGCUGUUUGCCGCCGUGGAGGAGUACAAUGGUAAGUUCCCCAGCUUUCCACGCACACUGUUUCCCAACCGUUCGCUGGCGCAACUCCGUACCCGAUACCACAAUGUCCUUGCCCAACGCACCAAGACCGACCCGUGGUCGGUGGUGGACGACACCAAACUGAUGAAUUUUGUCACGGAGCACGGGGCUGCCCAGUGGGUGAACUGUGCGACGCAUCUUGGGAAUCACACGCGGACCAGUUGCAGGACGCGCUUUUUGGUAAUAAAACGCUUCCUAGAGCAGAAUCCCUUGGCAACGGUCGAGGACUGUCCUCGGCGAAGGUGUUUUAAAAAUAAUAUCGUCACGGCUGAGAAUUGGGCGGAGUGUCUGGAAGUGUGGCAGCAGGAUCCGGAGUCCAUCGAUCCAUCGAAGCCCAAAACUCGUCCACCGAGACCAGCAGCGAGAAGGAUAUCCAACAUAAAGGGCGAGGCCAGCGAAAGCAACGGCCAUGUGGCAUACCCAAAAGAAAUAGAUCUGCAGGUCUAUGAGUACUUCAAGUAUAGCUACGAUCUCCAACUAAAGACAUCACCGUCGUCGAAGCUCUUUUCGAUGCCCAACGAUGGCUCGAAUCUCGCCUACGUGGUCAAGGUCUUAAACUAUCAGCCACCAGCGGCAAAGAGCUUGAAGCCCAUUCAGAGCGUUUCAAUGCCUCUGCAAUUGAGUAUGUUUUACAACCAAAUGCUGAAGACUUGGCCAAAUAAAAGGGACAAGCAGGCAUCCCAUGGCGCGCUACUCCUGCCGCCCAACUUUUCAACAAUGAUGGGAUUCCGUGCUAUUUGCAUUGUAUCGGGCGACAGUCGAAAGAUCCCAUCCGACGAGCCGCCAUCCUAUGAUGAGUCCUCGCAGCACAUCCAGCAGUUCCGGAAACGUUUGCGAGCCCUCUUUUAUCGCACCACUCUGCUGAGCCGACUUGAAACACAUCUCUUCGAUGACUUGCCCUCCCACCUGGUGUCCUUGCCACGACCUCUGGCAAUCUACAUAGAAUCCGGGGCAAGGCCGACGCAGGAGGAACCUGCAGCCCCGCAAAUGUCCCAUGUCAACCGAGGGGUUGAGCCAAACCGCAAGAAACCCAAAUUGGAGCCACUAAGCGAGGAUGAGUUAAUGAGCUUCAAGGAGGAGGAGGAGUUCCUGUCUUUAUAAGCGUAUUGUUUACUUUCGCAUCGUACAAUAGCCAUUGUUUACGCCAAAUUAGCGCAAAGGGCUUAUGGCCGGGAGCAACUAGUAAUUUGUAUAAGUAAAAUGAAUUUGUAGCAUUAAGAUAUUGAAAUGUAUCGAAAGUACGUACAGUGCAUACUCACAGAAGAUUGUUGCUAUAGAACAU